ACAGGGCAUAUUGUUCUAGAAAGAGCAUUAAAAUGUCUGAAACAUCCUUCAGGAUGCCAGCACCCAUUCCCACAAAUCAAACCAUCUUUCUUGAUGUAUUGGCAAGAAAAACGAGCUAUACGAG